AAGAUUCUUGCAUCCAUACUCAUACAACGUUUGUUCAAAAUAUGGCGAUCAUAGGCUUACUUGAAGUCUUCGUAGCAUUCCUUUUUUCCCUUGUAUUCAAAAAAUUCUUCCUCCACAUGAAAUCUCCCGGCCAUCCUGUUCUCAAAAGCUGGCCUGUCCUCGGGAUGCUUCCAGGAAUGCUCCCCCAUAUCCCUCGCAUCUUCGACUGGACGUACGAAGUUCUCGACGCCACCAACCUCACUUUUUUUUUCGAAGGCCCAUGGCUUAGUGGAACGGACAUGCUAUUCACCGCCGACCCAAGGAAUAUCAAUCACAUACUAAACCUAAACUUUGGGAAUUACCCCAAAGGACCUGAGUUCCAGAAGAUCUUCGAUGUUUUGGGAGAUGGGAUCUUAAGUGUUGAUAUGGAGCUGUGGGAGGAUCUGAGGAAGUCGAACUACGUCCUCUUUCAUCAUCCAGCCUUCCUGGAGCUGUCAGUAAGUAGCAAUACAAGUAAGUUAAAGGAAGGUCUUGUUCCUUUUCUUGAUAAUGCUGCUGAGGAAAACAUUGUCGUAGACUUGCAAGAUUUGUUCAAGAGAUUCAUGUUUGAUACUUCAUCGAUUUUGAUGACUGGUUAUGAUCCAAUGUCACUGUCCAUCGAGAUGCCGGAAGUCGAGUUCGGUGAAGCUGCGGAAACCGGUGAAGAAGCGAUCUACUAUAGGCAUUUCAAACCGGUGAACUUGUGGAGGCUUCAAAACUGGUUGGGUAUUGGACUCGAGAGGAGGAUGCGGUCUUCUUUGGCGACUGUCAAUCGUAUGUUUGCGAAGAUCAUAUCUACAAGAAGAGAGGAGAUACGUCGCGGGGAAGGCGUGGAAUCAAUGGACGCGUUAACGUACUAUAUGAACGUGGACACGACCAAAUAUAAGCUCUUGAAACCAAGUGAUGAUACGUUUAUAAGAGACGUUGCUUUCAGUCUAGUGUUAGCGGGAAGGGACACCACAAGCUCAGUUCUCACUUGGUUCUUCUGGCUUCUUUCUAAGCAUCCACAAGUUUUGAGCAAGAUCCGACAAGAGAUCAACACUAAGUAUGAUCCUACAGAUCUAGAGAAGCUCGUGUAUCUACAUGCUACGUUGAACGAAACAAUGAGACUCUACCCACCACUUCCCUUUAACCAUAAGUCUCCUGCAAAGCCAGAUGUACUUCCAACCGGGCACAAAGUUGAAGAAAAUUCAAAGAUCGUACUCUGUAUGUAUGCAUUGGGUAGAAUGAGAUCUAUAUGGGGAAAAGACGCAUUGGAUUUUAAACCAGAGAGAUGGAUUUCAGAAAGUGGAGAUCUAAGACAUGAACCUUCAAACAAGUUCAUCGCUUUUAAUGCCGGUCCAAGAGCUUGCUUGGGUAAAAAUUUGGCUCUGGCGCAGAUGAAGAUGGUAGCUGUGGAGAUCAUACGAAACUAUGACUUUAAGGUCACUGAAGGUCACAAGAUUGAAGCAAUCCCUUCUAUCCUUCUCCGUAUGAAACAUGGUCUCUGUGUCACGGUCACUAAGAAAAUAUGAUUCUUAUUGGUAAUUGGGUUACUAGUAUAAUAUGCGUUUGUUCGGCGCAAAUAUCAUCUCAAGUAUUAGUUAUAACUAUAAGUGUGAUGUUACUUGUACUAUCUUAUGCGUGCAUGUGUCUCUAUUUCUAUUAUUAUGUUUGUUCCCCGCAAAUAUCAUUUUUACAAUAUUAAAUAAAAUAUUAAGAAAUUAUAGUUGAGUA